AUGUCCCCAAGCAAAGCCUCCCUCCUUUCCGCCACAACCUCCUUCUGCCACUCCCUCUCCGCUCAGUCACCCCCCUCCACCAUCCUCUCCCACUUCUCCUCCUCCGACAUUCUAAUCUACGAACAUGGCCUCCCCCAGUUAGCUCCCUUUCUUGGCCGAGAAUUCAAAGGUCCCUCCGGCCUCAAAGAGUAUUUCCAUCUUCUCUCCAAGCAUCUCGCCUACAAAGACAUGCACUUCAGCAAUUACUUUGCCGACCCCGAAGCCCUCAAGGUAUCAGUCCGAGGCGAAGCAACAUUCACCUGGCUCUCGACCAACCAGUCCUGGGGCGAGGUCUUUACAUAUGUCUUGGAGUUUGACAAUGACAAUAAACUGACCAAGUAUGAAAUCUGGGCUGAUUCAGGGGCUGCCUACCUGGCCAGUCAGGGGCUGUUAUAG